GGUUUAAGACGAAGUAGAACGAAGCAGUUUAUACAGCAUGAUCGUUGUCCUACUAGGUUAUAUUCUCAACAAAUUCGUAAAUUGUUUCACAAAAUAAUUAAUGGAUUGCUAAUAUCAACUAUAGUAUUAAUGAAAUAACAUUCCAUAAGAUUGAAUUGUUUAGCAUUGUCAGUGGCUUUGUACCCGAUGUUUCUCGUGUUCAGUUUAGGUAAGAUUGCUCUGCUGUAACAGAGCUGUUCGUAAACAAGCUUUAUGUUGUUUUUAUAAACAACUUUUUCGCAGACACGAGUGCUGUAACUUGCUUUUCAAUAUUCCGAGCUGCAGUUGCUUUCUAAAACACAAAGGUACAACCAUUCUAUGAGUUAGCUGGCGAUAUCUAACGAUACAUUUUUGUACAUCUCAUGUCUAAAGCAACCCGUUUUGUGGGUUUAGUUGUAGUUGUAAGUUCAGCUCAGGUUUGAUCAUUAUGCCUAUUCAGUGCAGCAGUUGUGCAAAAAACAGGGCGGUGCUCAGACGACCGAAGACCGGCCAUUCGUUAUGUAAACCCUGCUUCUUCUGGGCUUUUGAGGAAGAGAUUCACCAAACCAUCGUUUCGGCUCGGCUGUUUAAUCGUGGGGAGACUGUAGGGAUCGGCGCAUCAGGAGGAAAAGACUCUACUGUGUUGGCUUACGUUCUGAAAGUCCUGAAUGUGCGCUAUGAUUACGGCCUCAAGCUGCUGCUGCUCUCAGUGGACGAAGGCAUCACAGGAUACCGAAACGAUUCUUUAGAAACGGUGAAGAGAAACGAACAGCAGUACGAUCUGCCCCUCACCAUCGUGUCCUAUGAAGAUCUCUAUGGCUGGACCAUGGACGCUAUUGUCAAACAAGUGGGCCGAAAGAACAACUGCACUUUUUGCGGCGUGUUUCGGAGGCAGGCGCUUGAUCGGGGAGCCAUGAUGCUGAACGUGGACAAGAUUUGUACAGUUUGGGUGCCCACUACGGUCUCAGUUUUCUGUUCUUGGCUGACAGAAGUGGAACCCAAAGUGGUUUAUGGUCACAAUGCAGAUGAUGUGGCAGAGACAGUGCUGAUGAAUGUGCUGAGAGGAGAUAUUGCUCGUCUGCGUCGCUGUACAGUGAUCAGCACAGCCAGUGAUGGUGAGGGAGCAAUACCACGCUGCAAACCUCUCAAAUACGCCUAUGAAAAAGAAAUUGUCCUCUAUGCCUACUUCAAAAAGCUUGACUACUUCUCUACUGAGUGUGUUUACUCACCCAAUGCUUACCGUGGCCAUGCACGUACCUUCCUCAAAGACCUUGAGGCAGUCAGGCCUAGUGCCAUCAUGGACAUCAUCCAUUCAGGUGAGAACCUCUCUGUGAAGGAAGGAGUGAAGAUGCCUGUGCAAGGAACAUGCUUACGAUGUGGUUACAUCUCCAGUCAGGCACUAUGCAAGUCCUGUGUGUUGCUGGAGGGCCUGAACCGAGGCUUGCCAAAACUCGGGAUAGGCAAACCCCACCGGCUCUAUGACAAGAUCUUGACCCAGCAGGCUUUAACACAACAGGAGGAGAAGAAGCUAAAGGCAAUGGAAUUUUGAAGAGGUGUUUCUGCAUAUGAAAGGUUUAUAUAUAAAGGGUCAGGAUGCUAUUUUGUUGCAAUAAUUUGUUGUUGAUCUCUCUUUGGUAUUCUACAAUAAACCAGAAUAUUGCAUUGAA